AUGAUAAUGUUGGAGAAUUUUACUGUGGAGUCUAGACCAAGAACGUCUUCUUUGGUGAAGAACACGAGAAAUUGUAAAUGGGUUUGUGGGUCUGAUGGUAGUAGCAGAAACUGCAACAAAUCUCAGAGUAAUGGAGCAAUUAUCUGGGAAAAUCUGGAGAAGAUUUGGAGGACGAUGAACUCUUUAUUUGCAAGAACGACUGGUCCUAUUGUUAGGUUUUCGUUUUGUGGAGUCACCAAUUUCACAUCGAGAAGAAGAUUUGAUCGUGUUGCGUUGGGAUCUAUACAAAAUUACGAGUUGAUUUCAACGAGGUUUCGUGCUCGGUGCUUCUGUUCUGUUGAAACCGCCGGUGUUGUUAAGUCUAAGAGGAGGAAGAAAGUCUGUAAACCGGCGGCGAUAGUGGAGGAAGAGAAGAAUGCUUUUUUUGUUGUACGGAAAGGGGAUCUUGUUGGUGUGUACAAUAACUUAAUUGAUUGUCAGAAUCAAGUUGGAUCUUCGGUAUGUGAUCCUCCUGUCAGUGUGUACAAAGGUUGCACCAUGCCCAAGGAAGCUGAGGAAUAUUUGGUCUCUUGUGGGCUUAAAGACGCUCUUUAUUCCAUCAGAGCCAAAGAUUGGAGAGAAGAGCUAUUUGGAAGACUUGUCCCAUGCCCUUUUCAGCAUCCACAUGUUUCCAUUGAUGAACCCGAAAUAAUAUUUCAGGAAGUUUUGGGGUCGCAAACUGGGCGUGCUUGUAUUCUUGAGUUUGAUGGUGCAUGUAAAGGAAAUCCAGGACAAUCUGGGGCAGGAGCCGUGCUACGAACUGCUGAUGGAAGUUUGUUUUGUAGAUUGCGUGAAGGUUUGGGUAUAGCAACUAAUAAUGUUGCUGAAUAUCGAGCUAUGAUUUUGGGUUUGCGUUAUGCUCUUAGCAAAGGAUUCACAAGUAUACAUGUUUUUGGUGAUUCCAAACUUGUUUGCAUGCAGAUUCAAGGUCUAUGGAGGGUGAGACAUGAAAACAUUAUCAAGUGGUAUGAAGAAGCAAAGAGACUCAAGGAUCAGUUUCUCUUUUUCAAGAUCAAUCAUGUCUUAAGGGACUUAAACUCCGAUGCUGAUGCUCAGGCCAACUUAGCGGUUGUUCUUGCAGUUGGUCAGGUCCAGGAGGAGGAGGUCGACCAACAGUUUGGUCAACACGGGCUGAACGGAAAGUCAAAGCCAACAGUCAAUGCCGUUUUCGAGCUAAACAGACUUCCGCCUUCAACCCAAGUUUCAGCAGGAUGAAGUAAUUACCCGUUUCUUUGCAAAUCAAAUGAUUUGCCGCCGUUCUGAUCGAUAGAAAGAACGCCGACAUGAUAUUAUUUUUCUAUUUUUGACAAUUGAUAGUUAUAUGAUGCAAGUUUGAUGAUCCAUUCUCAACAGCGCGUAUAUCUUACCAUUCCAGAUCUUAUUUUACGUGAGAUUUACUGUAUUCGUUUGAUUUUAUUGUUAGUAAUACGUACAAUAUGUGUUUAAACAUCAAUUGUAUAAGGUUAUUUUGUUGUAACGAAAUGUUACAGUAUAUAAUGAAUGGAAGUUCGGUUCGUUUUAA